AUGUUACUGAUCGACUGGGAUAGUCCUAUAAGCAUGGUAGCGUACGUCGCGGUUGGCAUCGCUGCCUUCGUCACAUUGUACAAGUACUAUUUGCACCUAACGAGUGGAAAAAUUCCUUCUAGCCGUAACAUAGAAGGAAAAACGAUUUUAAUAACCGGUGCGAAUGCCGGUAUUGGCAAGGAAACCGCCCGUGAUUUAGCCAAAAGAGGUGCCCGCAUAAUAAUGGCUUGUCGAAACAUGGAAACGGCUAAGCAGGCUCGAGCUGAAAUCACUGCGGAAUCAGGAAACUCGAACCUAAUAGUCAAACACGUCGAUCUCAGUUCGUUGUCAUCGGUGCGGCAAUUCGCACAGGAUAUCAAUGCCACGGAAACGGUCAUCGAUGUGCUCAUCCAUAAUGCAGGUGUUUCACAAGGCUUUGACAAUAGGGUUACUGCCGAUGGGUUAGAUUUAACGCUAGCAACCAAUUGCUAUGGUCCGUUCCUGUUAACGCAUCUGCUGAUUGAUUUACUGAAGAAGUCAGAUCAAGGUCGAAUAAUUUUCGUAUCAUCAAAGUUGUACCAGUUUACGUACGUACGGAAAGAUCUGAGUAAUAUCAAUCCGAUCGACUACUUUUCACUAUUUCCGGUGGAACUGUAUAAUCUAUCAAAACAUAUAGAGAUUAUGUUCACCCAGGAAUUGGCGCGACGGCUAGAGGGCACCCGAAUCACAGCUAAUUGUUUGCACCCGGGAGUAAUUGAUACCGGUAUUUGGAGAAACAUACCAUUCCCGGUAAAUCUACUGUUCAAACCUAUACAGAUGAUGUUACGAACUCCGGAGCAAGGAAUUCGUACUACUGUAUAUCUAACCGUGUCACCAGAAGUAGAAAACAUAAGUGGGAAAUACUUCCGUUGGUGCCAGUUAGCCAAGCUGAAUCAACGAGUGCAGAAUAAGGACAUCCAGCAGCGCCUAUGGGAAGCUUCGAAGGCAUUGGUUAAAUUAACCGACAAUGAUCCGAAAAUCUAG